AUGAGCAAGGUAUAAUUCAUGGAUCAAUUAUUAAGAGAUUUUAAAGAUGUUAGUGGAGUUUAAAAUAAAUCUUCUGUUAAUGAAUCUUUUUUAAAGGAAGAAAGCACAGGUCCUUAACUUAUACUAACUAAUAAUAAAAAUAGAUUGAAGUUAAAAGAAUACAGCAAAAAAUUAUCACAUUAUAAAUAAGAAAUGGUUAAUGUGUAAAAUUAGAUUGAUUUGGAAUAUACACGAUUUAAAGAAUCCAAAAUAUCUAUGGCUACAAUCAUAACAAGGGAGAUUAAUAAACUAUAAAAAUAGGAUGAAGAUUAAAUCAAAGACAUGUUGACAUUCAUAAAAAAAUUAAUAGAAUUUAAUCAGAAGAUAACUCUAGAAAUUGAAAACGUAUAUGAAAAGUAUUGAUAAGUGCCCUAUAUCAUAUUAGUCAAUAAACAGUGUCAUCUUAAGAAGUAGAAGCUGCUGCAUAAGUGUUCCAAGAAGUAGAGCAAUAAGUCUUAGCUUUGAAACAAAAAAAAUUAGACCUUACUUCUAUUGAUUUUAAAUUAUUAUCAAUGAACGAGUUCAAUCGAAUUACCUUAUAAUUACAAGAAUAAAAACUUAAUUCAUAAGAAUAAUAGAAUAAUCUAUUUAAAAAUGAAUAGAAAAUUAAUAUGAUGUUAAGUUAAUAACUAGAAGAAAAAAAUUAAAUUAUCCAAUAAUUAUAGAACAAUUCAUCAUGGGAAUAAUGGAGAGAACUUGAAUUAUUAAUAACUAAUCAAUUAGAAAGAUUCAGAAUUCCUUAACCUAAAUCUAAUAACAAUCUUAUUAAUUAUAUUUUUGAUUCCUUAGAUUAAAUUGUUUAUAAUCAAGAAUGCGAAAUUAAAGAUUUACAUAAUUAGAUAUUUAAAUAUUAAAAAGAAAUUGAUGAAGUUAAAUAAUAACAUGAAAUCAUAAUCAAAGAAAAUAAAUAAAUCUAAAACUAAAUCAAAUAAAGAAUUGAUGAAAAACAUCAAGAAAAACUAUAACUUUAAGAUGAAAUGAAGAACAUUCUUAAUAAUAGUAUUGAAGUUGAAAAAGAAAAUUAAGUCUACAAUAAUCAAUUGUAAAUGUACACUCAUUAAAUUAAACAACUCUAAAAGAGUAAUACGAACUUAUAUAAAGAAUUAUAAAAAUACAAAAAUGAUAUUAAUGAUUUGAAUGAUAUCAAACUUAAGUUAGAAAAUGAAUAAGAAAAACAUUUAUCCAUUAUUGAAAAACUCAAUAAGUAAAAUAAUGAAUUAGAAUCCAUUCUCUAUUAGUCCAAAAAUGAUGAAAAUGAUGAAAUCAAAUAAUACCUAUAAUUAUCCUAAUCUCAAUCAUUAAGGAUCUAAUAAUUAGAAACCGAAUUAAAUAAUACUUAAUUAUCAAAUACAAAACUCUAAGAAAAAUAAAAAGAAUAAGAAGAAGUAUUGAAAUAAUUAAAAAAUUAAGUUUAAGAUCUUGAGAAAUAAAUAUAAAAUUAAGAAAUUGAAAUUAAGAAAUAAUUAAAGUUAAAUGAUGUAUUAUAAAAAUAAUUAAAAGAAAGCUAUGAAACCAAUAAUACAUAAAAUUCAGGAUUAAAAGAAUUAGAUGAUAAUAUGAAAUAUUAAAUUAUGUACAAUGACUUAUUAAAAGAAUUUAAGGAAUAUAAAUUAUAAACAGAAAAUAGAUUAAAAAAAGCAUUGACAUAAUCUGAAGAUUUUUAAUAAAAAAUUUUAAUAUAAGAAUAGGAGAAAUUAUUAGAGAGUCAUAAGAUGAUUGAAAAAGAAACAACUCUUAAAAGUGAGAAUUAAUUAUUAAACCAAAAAAUCAAUUUAUUAUAAGAAUAAUUAAAAUAAUAAGAAAUAAAUUAUUUAAAUGAAUUGAAAGUUAAUAAGUUAGCAUUAGAUUAAACAUAAUUAUAAUAUCAAUAAUAAUCUUAAUUGUUCGAUAAAUUAAAACUCUAAGCAUCACAAUUGGAAUAGGUAAUAAUUAAAUUAAAUUAUAGGCUAUUCUAGAGAAAGAAACACUGAUAAUAUAACUUUAAUAAGAAAUAGAUAGUAAUUCAGCUUAAUAUGAAUAAUAAAUGAAUGAAAUUUAAUAGGAGUACAAUUCCCUCAUAGAAGUAUUUAAAAAAAUAAAAUUAGGAAAAACAAUCUCAAAUUUAAUAGUUUUAAUAGACUGUUUCAAAUUAAAAACAUGAGAUUAUGCUUUAAUAAAGAUAAAUUGAUUAAUUAGAAUUCUAAAAAUAAUAAGAUUUAUUGUAAUAUAAGAUUGAGAAUGAUAAAAAAUCUCUUUAAUUUGCAAAAGAGUUAGAGCAGGUUAAAGAUGUAUUGAAUUCAUCUGUAAGUUUCUAGUAAAUAAAAGAAAAUGAAAAAUCAUUUUAGAAAAGAAUGUAAUAGGUUUAAGAAACAUCAAAUAAAUCAAUAGUUCAAACUUAAUAAAAAUAUGAAUAAAUUAUUUAAGAUUUAGUUCAGUAAUAUGAUAAGUAAAUAAAUUAUUUGCAAGACUAAUUAUAAGUUUAAAAUAGAUUGGAUUAUUAAUAAAAUCGUAAUAGUUAAAAGCCUCCAAGAGCAUAAUAAAAGAGUCCAAAUUAUUAUACAAAUUCUCCAGCUUCUUCUAUUUAAUAAAGUUUUUAUAGAGAAGUAGCUAAAUUUUCAAGAGAUUUGGAUGAUUCUUAGGAGUAAAAUAUAUAAAAAAGACCAACAGGAAUAAUAAAAAAAAAUAAACAUAUAUUUAUAGAAGAUGAUAAUAAUACAAGUUAAGAAUAAGUGUCAUCAGUUUAGAAUUUUAGUAGUUCUGGAAGAGUGUAAAUAAAUGAUCAUGCUGUAUAGACUGAUUAAUAAAAUGAAGAUAUCUUUCCUCCUUUUGAUCAUAGAAUUUGUUUAAGGUGUAAAAAAAAUGAUAUGAUAGCUCCAAAUUUUUGUAAAUUUAAGGAAGUUAAUUAAUUUACAGACUUAAGCAAUGUAAUUUAUAUUAAAUAUGUUGAUAGAGUCAAGGUAGUGCAAGUAGAUUGAAAUCUUCCAGAGUUUUAAAAGAACAUAUAUAUGGAAGUAAUUUAAGUUGGAGAUAAAGAGAAACUAAUUCAGUCACAAAAUCAAAUUAUUUUUCAAUUAGUGAAAAGACAUCUUAAGGAGUCAAUACUAUUUUAAGUUUAAUUAAUAUAGAUAAUACUCAAUUUAAAAGAGGAUCAAGCUAAAAAAGAAAUAAAAGAAAUUCAGAAAGUUUGUCAAUCUCAUUUAGUUCUAAAAUGGAUACAAAUAGAAGUAAUUAAUGA